AUGGAUGAAUAUCAACGACUUGGUCAUAUGCGGAAGAUCCCCGAUCCAGUCGAUGAAACUAGUGUCCAUAGCUACCUUCCGCAUUACCCGGUUUUCAAAACCACGAGUACAACUACAAAAACCCGCGUCGUGUUCGACGCCUCGUGCCGCACUACGUCUGGUUAUUCCUUGAACGAUCUUCUUCUCGUCGGCCCGGUAGUGCAGGACGACCUGUUAUCGAUUGUGAUGCGCUUUCGUACCCGACCGAUCGCACUUGUAGCGGAUAUAGAGAAAAUGUACCGACAAAUCGAGCCGUCAGACCCGAUUUCCACGUUCGAGCUACAAACGGUCACGUACGGGACCGCUUCAGCACCAUUCCUCGCCACUCGUACUUUGAUUCAACUCGCCAAGGACCAAGGCGAAACCUUCCCCUCCGCGCAGAGCGCGGUGCUGGAAGAUUUUUAUGUUGACGAUUUCAUCAGUGGAGCAGAUGAUAUUCAAUCAGCCAUCCAGCUACGUCGUCAAGUAAGCACCAUGCUGCAUUCUGCUGGAUUUCCACUACGGAAGUGGGCAUCCAAUUCAUCGGCCGUUCUAGCAGAAAUCCCCGAAGCUGAGCUUGGAAUUCAGCCAUUUUACGAUCUUUCUGACGAGCAGUCAGUGACAACGCUUGGGCUGGUAUGGGAACCAGGCUCAGACACACUCCGCUUUAAAAUUCAGCUGCCACAUCCAGCAUCUACACUCACUCGGAGAAACGUACUUUCGUACAUCGCCCAGAUUUAUGACCCACUCGGCCUCGUUGGGCCUGUUAUUUCUACCGCCAAACAGUUUAUGCAACGCUUGUGGGCACUUUCUUCGAGCAACGGUAAACCGUACGAUUGGGAUCAACCGCUUCCAGAAAAACUUCAACAUGAAUGGAGGGAAUUUCACGCUACCCUCAACAUGCUCAGCGACAUUCGAGUUCCACGUUUUGCUUCGGUGGUCGGAGCAACCAACCUCCAGUUGCAUUUCUUCUCCGAUGCGUCCGAGAAAGCGUAUGGUACCUGUGCCUAUUUGCGCUCUGUAGACAGUCACCAAAAUGUGCACGUGCAGCUUCUAACGGCCAAAUCGAAGGUCGCACCAUUAAUGACACGCCAUAGCAUCGCUCGUUUGGAACUCUGCGGAGCCCUUCUUUCAACACAGCUGUUUAAAAAGGUAACUGCUUCGAUAAAGGUUAACGCUGAUGUGUUUUUCUGGGUAGAUUCUAUGACGGUGCUACAAUGGCUGAAGUCACCGCCCUCCUGCUGGAAGACAUUUGUGGGCAAUCGCGUGUCCAAAAUACAAGAAGCAACGAGCGAGCAUUCCUGGAAUCAUGUCCCUGGCAAGGAUAACCCAGCCGAUGAACUUUCCCGAGGCUUAACACCGGCCGAACUACUUCACCAGACGCGAUGGUGGACCGCACCAACAUGGGUUAGUCUCACCAAGCAGCACUGGCCGAAUCAAUCAGGUGAUAUCGAUACAGCGUCCAAAACAUUCGCCGAAGAACGCAAGGUGUGUUUAGUGACACUCGCGCCUCAACGUGAUACAUUUUGUGAUCAGCUCUUCAACCAUUAUUCGUCGUACACAAAGCUGCGCAGGACCGUUGCGUACUUCCUUUUCUACAUGCGUGUACUGCAUGCAUCGGCCGCCAAAAAUCAACCGAAUGGUGUUUGUGCAAAAUCUUCGACGGCAAAGCUUGAACCAUUCUCCCACCUAACUGCUGCUGAUCUACAAGAUGCCGAGCUCAUUUUAUGUCGCCUUUCUCAGCGCGAUAGCUUUUCGAUGGAGCUGAAAGCUUUACGAGUUGGUAAACCAGUCUACAAUUCCUCAACUAUGAAGUGGAUCAAGCCAUUCAUAUCUAGCGAUGGUCUUAUUAGAGUCGGUGGGCGAAUACUACUUUCCGGAGUGUCUGAAGCCAUGAAACACCCAAUCGUUAUCUCCGACAAGCAUCGAUUAGCCCUCCUACUGGCUGAACAUUUCCACCGAUCGCUAUUGCAUGCAGGCCCGCAACUGAUGAUGAGCACAAUGAAGCAAAAAUUUUGGUUGAUUGCCGGCAGAGACCUACUUCGUCAUGUGUACCACCAAUGCCAUACCUGUUUUCGCCGGAAACCAAUUCUCGUCCAGCAGACAACCGCAGAUCUCCCGAGCUCCAGAGUAACUCCGUCACGGCCGUUUUCAGUAUCCGGGGUUGACUACUGCGGCCCAGUUUAUCUUCGUGGACCCCAUCGAAGGGCCGGUGCGGUUAAAGCAUACAUUGCAGUUUUUGUGUGUUUUUCUACACGCGCCGUGCAUUUGGAGCUCGUAGCCGACCUUUCUACAGCAGCAUUUCUUGCCGCCCUUAGACGUUUCGUCGCACGGCGUGGCAAAGUUCGCGAGCUACACUCGGACAACGCCACGAACUUUAAAGGGGCUGCGAACGAGUUAAACCAUCUCUACAAGCUACUGAAGACCAACGAUAGCAGCCGAAAACUUAUUUUCGACUGGUGUUCCAAUGCAGACAUCCUCUGGAAACUCAUACCACCGCGCGCCCCCCAUUUUGGCGGAUUGUGGGAGGCGGCGGUUAAAUCUGCAAAGAACCACCUCCUAGAAGAAGUUGACAAUACCACCGUCACCCAGGACGAGAUGCUGGCGCUUCUCGCACAAGUGGAAAUGUGUCUCAACUCUCGGCCUAUUACCGAGAUGUUCAGCGAUCCGUCGGACUUGGAGGCCCUUACACCGGGUAAUUUUUUGGUAGGAUCGAACAUGCAAGCGAUUCCUGAAUUCGACUACAAACAACAACCCGACAACAGACUCACCCGCUGGCAGCUGAUGCAGAAACUAUUCCAGGCAAUAUGGAAGCGCUGGAACACCGAAUAUUUGCAGCAGCUUCAAGCACGCUCCACAAAGGGAAUCAAACCGGCCGUCGACAUUGAAGUUGACCGACUAGUCAUCAUGAAGGAGGACAACAUCCCCCAGUUCAAUGGAUGCUAG